UGAAUGCGGGGUCCAGGGAGAGUGGAUAUAGGGAAUGCGGGGUCCGGCGAGAGCGGAUAUAGUGAAUGCGGGGUCCGGGGAGAGCGGAUUUAGUGAAUGCGGGGUCUGGGGAGAGCGGAUAUAGUGAAUGCAGGGUCCAGCGAGAGCUGAUAUAGUGAAUGCAGGGUCCGGGGAGAGCGGAUAUAGUGAAUGCAGGAUCCGGAAAAAGCAGAUAUAGUGAAUGCAGGGUCCGGGGAGACUGGGAUAUAGUGAAUGCAGGGUCCAGGGAGACUAAAGAUAUAGUGAAUGCAGGGUCCGGGGAGACUAGAUAUAGUGAAUGCAGGGGUCCGUGGAGAGCGGAUAUAGUGAAUGCAGGGUCAGGGGAGACCAGAUAUAGUGAAUGCAGGGUCCGGGGAGACCAGAUAUAGUGAAUGCAGGGUCCGGGG